AUCUCCCCACAUUUCUCUCAUAUUCUCAUAUUCUUCUCCUCUCCCUCUCUCUCACUCUCUCUCUCUCUCUGUGAGGAACACAUUUAUUACAGUUCAUAAUAAAGGCAUUGAUUCUAUCAUUCUAUCAUCAUUUAUGGGAUCCUAUUGGUCAAUCUUGGCAAUGUUGAUGAUGAUCUUCUUCAUGGCCUACCAGUCUUCAUCAGCUUCAGCAUCAGCAUCUGCAGCAACUAGGAAAGUUUCUACUAUUUCAGCUGCGCCUGCCGUCUUGCCAAGUGCUCCUCUGUUCUCUCCAGCUCUAUCCCCAGACAUCACUCCCCUGUUUCCUUCUCCCGGCGGCGUGACACUUCCUCCUUCUGAGUCAUCACUGCCAACCAUUCCUUCAAGCCGGACUCCAAACCCAGAUGCCAUGGCUCCUGAACAUGAUGCUGCCUUUCCCCCAUCUGGGUCUUUGCCGCCAUCAUCCUCUGUUUCUACAGCUUCCUCUGGCAGGCCUCUUAACCUACUUUUAUUGUUGGCUUUGGCGGCUGUUUGCAUAAUGCAGCUCCCUGGUAUGUGAGGAAUUUGUUGAUGGACGGCUCCAAUUAUUGUUACUAGUGGUUCCACUUUAUGUUUGUGGAAUUUUUUUCUCUGUUCUUUUGGUAGUAGAUGGUAUGGUCUAGUGUGAAGUUAGGUAUGUAGUGUAAGGCAUUGUUGUGAGUUGUGAUAGUAUACUGUCUGCAGAAAAAUAUAAAAUAAAAAGUACUCGUCUUUUUUUCUUUUUUCUUUUUGCCCUUUUUCAUAUUGUAUUGUCACUAAUGGAAAGAUUAUUG